AUGAAAAGGCAAGAUUUAACUAAAAAAAAAUCUGAAGUAACAAAAUCAAUAAAUAAUAAAAAACGUUUCGUAUUUAAGAAUGAAUUUAAAUAUGUAGACGCUACAAAUAUUUUAAAAAAUAUAUUUUUAAAAGAGAACCCACCCAAACCAAUUUCAUCAAUAAAAAAGGUGCAAACGGUAAAAGGUUAUAUUGCAAAUAAAAAAAUAAACGAUGUUCUUAUUAAAAAAAAGAAAAAAGAUAGCAAAUUAGAAGAUAUACAAAAAAAUGGUGAUAAGAAAAAUGAUUAUCUAUAUAGAGAUAAUAAAUCAUUACGAAAAGGCAAUGAACCAAACAAUGCAUUCUUAGCUAAAUCACGUUCGUCUAAAGCAUUUGAUUUUCAAAAGUAUAAGAAAAUGAGCACUUCGGUGAUUCCUAUCGAGUCAGUUUCUACGAAGAAUAAUAUGAGCCUUUUUCACCGCCCCAGACGAAAAAAUAUAAUUUAUUCAUCUCCCGAUCCUUCAGAAAAGGAAGAGGAAGAAAUAGAAGAAGAGGAAGAAAUAGAAGAGGAGGUAGAAAUAGAAGAGGAGGAAGAAAUAGAAGAAGAGGAAGAAAUAGAAGAGGAGGUAGAAAUAGAAGAGGAGGAAGAAAUAGAAGAGGAGGUAGAAAUAGAAGAGGAGGUAGAAAUAGAAGAAGAGGAAGAAAUAGAAGAGGAGGUAGAAAUAGAAGAGGAGGAAGAAAUAGAAGAGGAGGAGGAAAUAGAAGAAGAGGAAGAAAUAGAAGAGGAGGAGGAAAUAGAAGAAGAAGAAGAAAUAGAAGAGGAGGAGGAGAUAGAAGAAGAGGAAGAAAUAGAAGAGGAGGAGGAGAUAGAAGAAGAGGAAGGAAUAGAAGAAGAAGUAAUUGAGGAAGAUGAAGAAGAAGAGAUUGAUAUAGGCGAAAAAGAAAGCGCUGAAAGUGUAACAAAUAAUAAAAAUGAAAUAAAGUGUAACAUUUCAAUGGGCAAUAAAGAAUAUAUAAAAAAGGGAAGCGAAUUAAUAGUUGAAAAAAAAGUAGACAAUGAUGAAAAUAAUUUUAAAAAUUAUAUCGAUAAAAUACAAGAAAAGGAUCCUAAUUAUUUAAUACUUGUAAAUAACAUAAUGGAAAGUUUAUUAGAAUAUGAUGAUUUUUAUAAUCAUAUUAAAAAUAGCUUAAAAUUGUACUAUACUAAAAAUGCGAUAAAUAACAGUUACUGUAAGUUUUUAACUGAUGAUAUACAUUUCAACAAUAUUGAUAAACAAAAUUCUGAAAAUAUUGUCUGCAUUAAUGAAAAUAAUAGUAAUCUUGAAAAAAAAAAUUCAGAUGAAUUGAACUUUGAGGAGAAUGAGAUUAAUGAAAAAAAUUACGAAAUGGAUGGGUCAUCAAUAAUUCAAAAUAACGAUAUGGAGAACUACAAAAACAGAAUCGAAGAACAUACUAUAGAAAAUAAACAAGACAUAGAUAAGGAAAUAAAACGGAAAGAUGUAGGAACUGAUAUGCUCGAUAUAAAUAAUGAAAUUACAAUAAUGAUGGGAGAAAAUGAAAAUAGUGAGAAUUAUCCCAAAAGCAAGGAUUAUCAAAUGAUUGAAACAAAUGAGAGUGUAAAUAUAAGUCAAUACAAUAAUAAUAACGGUAAUAGUGAUAUAGAAAACUAUAGAUAUGCUAAAUCUGAAAAUGUAGAUUGCAUGAUAAAUCAACCCAAUAUUGUUGAAGAUAAUAAACAACUUGUAACCAUAAAUAAAAAGGAUGAUAACAUAAAUAAAUCAGAUGUAAGUUCCAAUGAAAAAGAAAUUGAAGGCAGUGAAUAUGAAGAAGAUGGCGAUACGGAAAAAGAUGACAAUGAAAGUGACAAAACCGAUAGUGAUGAUAAUGAAGAAAGAGAAAAAAUUAUAACGAAAGAGAAAAAUGAAUCAAGAAGCAAAGGAAAAAGGGGAGGUGAAUUACCUUCAAAUGAAAGAGAAAACGAAAGCAUAUCUUCAUAUGAAGAUAGAAAAAAUAAUAGAGAACCUAAGCUUGAAGGUAAUGAGAAUAAGAGGAAAUAUUCUUUGAAAGAAAAUGAAAAUAAAGGGGAAUCUACAUCUGAAGAAAGUGAAAGUGAAUCAGAAAAAAGUGAAAAUAAAGGAGAAUCUACAUCUGAAGAAAGUGAAAGUGAAUCAGAGAAAAAUGAAAAUAAAGGAGAAUCUACAUCUGAAGAAAGUGAAAGUGAAUCAGAGAAAAGUGAAAAGAAAGGGGGAUCUACAUCUGAAGAAAGUGAAAGUGAGUCUGAAAAAAGUGAAAAUAAAGGGGAAUCUACAUCUGAAGAAAGUGAAAGUGAGUCUGAAAAAAGUGAAAAUAAAGGAGAAUCUACAUCUGAAGAAAGCGAAAGUGAAUAUGAUGAUAGUACAGUCGAAACUCAAAGUGAAGAUGGGAAAUAA